AUGUCGCAGCGACAUACCCGUAACCUGUUAGCAAUGCUAGAUUGUGAAGAUCUACCAGAAGAAACGAUUAAACGGUCUAUUGCUAUGCCGCUCACUCCUUUAUCAGAAAGUGAUUCACCUCUUCACACAUUUGGGGAUACGUAUAUUAAUCCCUUUGAAAUUUCAUCAGAUAUUCCAACAGAUCAUAAUACGAUAAUAGAGCCUGAUGAUGUAGACCUUUCGUCACCUUAUGCUCGUGCAUCGUCUAACAAGCCCAGAAGUGCACCAAAAUCGACAACCAUUAAUAUAACUCCACAACCUUCAGUGACAGGGACGAUCGGUUAUAGUCCCAGACGUUUUGCUGCAGAUACUCUUGAUGAGCCAGUAUCGGAAACUAUUCUUAGAGACUUGCGGAAUAUUGGGCUUAAAUUGCGACAUGUCCUUAGUCCUAAAGGCAACACUGAUGUCUUGCGAGAUUGGGAUUUAUGGGGCCCAUUAAUUCUUUGUCUGGCGCUGGCCUUGAUCCUAAGUUUUAAUGUACAAAAUAAUGACAAUACUGAUUCACAAAAAGUUAUGGUGUUCACUGGUGUUUUCGUUAUUGUGUGGUGUGGAGCGGCUGUUGUGACGAUAAACGCGAAACUUUUAGGAGGCACUGU